CCAACACUACAAAUCAGAGGUCCCGUCCAGCCUGCUCCACACAGACCCCUGCGACUCCCCGCCAGCGACUUCACAUCUGCCUCAGACCGUACGACGCUGAUUUAAAGAGCAGAAGACAUGGCUGUGGUUAGUGGAACUUACCGUAUGGUGUCGGAGGAGGAACAAGCUCUCAGGGCCAAGCUGGAACGUCUCACCGUCAAGGACCACGGGCCAGUUUUUGGACCCUGCGCCAAUGUGCCAGACCACACCAUGCAGAAGGCCAAAGAUGAGCUGAAUGAGACAGAUGAGAAGCGGGUGUCUGCAGCGAAGGAGCUGCGAGGAAUGAUUAAGGAGAAGGCAGAUGGAGGUGAUGAUCUGGCCAAAGGGGUGCAGGACACCUUUGGGGAGAAACCAGACAGUUUGCUAGUUCGCUUCAUCCGGGCCAGAAAGUACGACGUUCCCAGAGCCUACGACCUGAUGAAGGGCUACGUGCGUUUCAGGAAAGAUUACCCUGAGCUGUUUGAGAAUCUGACCCCAGAGGCUGUACGCAGCACCAUCGAGGCCGGUUACCCCGGCAUCCUGCCGAGCAGAGACAAAUACGGCCGCGUGGUUCUGCUCUUCAACAUUGAGAACUGGGACUAUGAGGAGAUCACCUUCGAUGAGAUCCUGCGUGCCUACUGUGUGAUCCUUGAGAAGCUGCUGGAGAAUGAGGAGACUCAGAUCAACGGGUUCUGCAUCAUUGAAAACUUCAAGGGCUUCACCAUGCAGCAGGCGUCAGGAAUCAAACCCACUGAGCUCAAGAAGAUGGUGGACAUGCUGCAGGACUCGUUCCCUGCCCGUUUCAAAGCUGUGCACUUCAUCCACCAGCCCUGGUACUUCACCACCACAUACAAUGUGGUCAAACCACUCAUGAAGAGCAAGCUGCUAGAGAGAGUAUUUGUCCAUGGAGACGAGCUGGAGAACUAUUACAAGGAGUUUGACGCUGAUAUCCUUCCUUCUGAGUUUGAUGGAAAAGGUGCCAAGUACGAUGGCAAGGCCACAGCAGCCAAGCUGUUCGACUAAACAUCAUCCAUCUCUUCGUCAACGAGGCUGAGAGCCAUUAUAUAUUCCAAACCCCAUAGACUGUGGAGAAUCAAAGCCCAACGUAGCUGUGUGGUUGUAAAGACAACAUUUAUGAAUGAAAGUCAUGAUAGAACAACCAAACAGGAACAAGACAGUCUGACUUUCAAACAUCGUGUCACUCUACAGUCGUAUCGUUUCUGUAUUAGCCACUUGGUUGACACCGUUUCACCUCAAAAUUCCUCAUUUCUAGCACUGAUGACCUUUAAAAGACUGGACACACAUUUCACAUUUUAUUGGAAUAAGCAAUUCAUCACAGUGAACAUUUAAGUGCCUUUAUCGUAUUUUUGUUUGGCGCGUUCAAAGAAGCUCUGAAAUUAAAGAUUUGAGUGAUUUACAUUA